AUGAAUGCAACAAUAGAGUCCGAUCAGGAAUUAUACAACAUAAUAAAUAAGGAAAAGGAUUUUCAGAAUUCUCACUUGAACUUGCAUCCCAAGGAAAAUGUGAUGAUUAAUGCUGCAAGAAAAGUCUUAGGGAGUGUUCUUACAAACAAAUAUUCAGAAGGAUUUCCUGGAGCAAGAUAUUAUGGUGGAACUCACGUUAUUGACAAAAUAGAAAUACUCUGCACAAGUAGAUUGAAACAGCUUUUAAAACUAGAUAAAAGAAGUGAUGAUGAAUGGUUAUUUAAUAUUCAGUGUUAUAGUGGAAGUCAUGCUGAGUUAGCUAUUUGCAUGGGAAUAUUGAAUAAGGGCGACAGAAUCAUGAGGAUUAAGACAGACUCUGACACUGCCUUGGAGAAUUAUUACCAAGUUGAAUAUUACAAUUUAGACAAAAACGGCAAGGAAUUUGACUUAAAUGAUUUGAGAGAAAAAUGUAAGGUAUUGAAACCCAAGUUAUUGCUUGUUCCAUCGGAUGUAUUGACAGUAUUGAUAAACUACAGAUUACUCAGUGAAAUAUGCAGCGAAUUUAAAAUCUUGUUAGCUGCAGAUAUUAGCGAAAUUGCGUUGUUGGUUUCAUUUGAAAGGUAUGGAAAAGAGGAGAACGACCCAUUCAAAUAUUGUGAUAUCAUUUAUUCUAACACCCAAAGCAGUUUGGGAGGACCUAAAGGCGGUUUCUUGAUGGUUAACAAUAGUAAAAAUCCUGGAACAUUUCAGAAGGUUAACUCUGCGGUGUUUCCCGGCCUCCAAGGUGGCCCUCACAAUCAUCAAAUCGGGUCGUUUACUGUCCAGAUUCAAGGAUUAUUAACUUCUCGAACUGACGAAUUCAUAACAUCAGCGCUGAAUAAUUCGGAAGUUCUGGCACAAACGAUGUCUGAGGCAGGCAUUCCUCUGCUUGGAGACGGAACUGAAACGCACCUUGUUGCAGUUGAUUGUGGAAGGCUUGGUAUACCAUGCGAGUUAAUUUCUAAAAUUUUAACAGAAUGCAGGAUCAGACACACAUACAAAGUGUUUGGUGAGAAUAAAUCUUCCAUAAUGUUUGGAACUCUUGUUUACACUUUUAGAGAAGGUUCUGCAUCAAAGAUGGCAAUUUUGGGUAAUUUGAUUUCGCAUUGUAUACAUGUGGGUGUAGAGAUUUUCAACAAAGUUGAGAAAUUGGAUGUUUCGGUCGAAGCCAAACAGAUCAUUAUUUCCGAAGAAAUGGAUAAAAAUGAAAAGCUGAAGCUGAUAUUUGACAAGGUUUUGGGAAUGGUUAGUGAACUGGAGACUAUUAAUUUUGAUUAG